UUUUAUACAAGAGUACGACACCAUCAACAAGACCGGCGAGGGUGCCUGGCAUCCACUGGAAAACAACAACUUUUUUACGUGGCAUUGAGAAGCAUUUAAACCUUUGUGAUGUUGAACACUAAAAUGACUGACAUUGAAUGGAAUGUUGAGAAUGAGAUCCAGCUGUUUUAUGCCAUGAUGGGCCACAAGCCAGUAGGUGUGAAUAAACACUUCCAAAUGAUGAUUAUUCAUGACAAGCUUAGUUCCUCUCUUAACUGUGAAUUAUCAACACAAACCAUAUGGAAGAAACUGGAGACUCUAUAUGACUUGGCUGCCUUGGAUGAAUCGGAUAAACUACCAUUUCCAAAUGAUGAGAAUGAUUUUAGUCUCCCAGACAUAGAGUUUUCUGAUCUUUUAGAUUCUCCAGUAGACGAGAUCGAGUCCGAGAGGUCCGAGAUGAGGAUGAUGACACACCCCGCAGGCAAGGCAAGCGUGGCCGUGACUCUAAACCUUCCUCCCCAGCCCACACUCCAACUUCCAACAAGAGACGUAGAAAUUGACCGAAGUUACUUUUAAUGGCAUUGGGUAUUAUUUUUUGCUCGCAUGGGGUUUAAAGAACUUCAUUAUGUUCUUAAAAACAAGAAAUGUAAGGCACUAUGGCAAGAUUUUGAUAGUGUAUAAACUAAGCAUUUUAUAUCUUUGUGUAAUAUUUCGUAUUUGCAAAAAUGUGUAUGAAAUAUGCAUUACAAGGAGGUCAAGGUACAUUUAUAUUACGUAAUCAAUCUCAAUGAUUUUUAUUGAUGCCAAAGUAUUCAUUUUGUUUAUAUUUUUGUAGGUUUGUUUUUAAGGAAUCUGAUGUAAAUAUAUAUUAUGAAAUUUAAAUGAAAUAAAGAAAAAGGGAAUUUCAAUUUUCUAUUAUACAUUUUUGAGAGCAGGGAUAGGAAGGGUUAAUAUGAUAAUUGCUACAUAAUUUAUUUUCUUAAAAUAUGGUAAAAAAAAAAUAGCUUACUGCAAUGCCUUAUGUAAAUGAAAAAUAAAAGCACUUCACCAUGACAGGAAUCUGAAUUUAUAUUAUGAAAGAAAGAAUGCCAUGUAAACACACUCAUUUAACAGACAAAUGGCUUAGGAAAAUUAUAUAUUUAUAUAAUUUUUCCUCUCUCUCUUGCCUAACCAUAUACGAGAGGCUUUUGCAUAAAACUUUCCUUGUGGUUUUUCCAUGUGGAUGGAAUUUUAUGUGUAUAAUUUUAACAUAGUUAUGUAUUGUAGGUAAUCAAUCAUUUCAUGUCUUAGCCUUCAGAUUCCAUGUGGUUUGUGAUGUUUUCAGUGAUAGAUAAUCAUCUCAUUUAUUUAUGCCACCAAAGGUCAUGGUUUUGAAAGUAAUCAUUAGGUGAGUUCAGUGUUUUAUGUAUAUUUUGAAGAGGAAAUAUAGAUAUCCACUUUUUUAUAUUUAAAAUUUUGUUACUAGCAUUUUAAUUUAUUACCAACCAUCUGAUACAUAUUUUGACAUUGUGCUAUGUUUACUUCAGUGGCUGUUUACAUAAAUAAUUUACAAAAGUUUAUGAGCAUUAGUGGAAGAAGGAAAAUGCCAAAAUAAUCAUUUUGACACUGGCUUCAGGAUUUGAUUGAGAUCCUGCAUAUUAAAGCAUUUUGAUGUUAAUGCAAUAUUUGCCUUGAUAAGUUUACUGAUAAACAAAUAGCACAAGUGUAUAUGUUCUUCAUCAUCACUGCCGUUUUAGAUAUAAGUCACUCAUUGAACGCAGGUUGGUAUAAAGUAUGAGAAAGAUAAAGCACUGUCUCUACAUAAUGAACAUAUUAUGUGCCAUCCAUAAAGGGGUGUUAGCAUUAGGCCUUAGAAUAUCUUUGGAUAACUAGUGAUACUAAUAUGCUGGGGAGUAAAAAAGGGAUUUGAAUAUUCUUAUUUUCAUUCCCAGAUAAACUGUUUCAUUCCUUAUGUUUAUCAGAUAUAUGUGCUGCAUG